CAGCUGAGGCAGAGGAGAAACAAGCGACUUUUCCGACCUUAGAAUUCCAGAAAACCAUCAAACACAUUCAACUUCCACACCUCUCUCCAACUCCUAUAAAUCCCACUCACCCAAACAAACAGCCUUCCAAUGCAAAAGACGAAUUGCAAUCCUAUUCAACUGCAUUUUUCUCCUUACAUUCCCUUUUCCACUCAAACACAAAUGGCGUUUGGCUCUCCUUCAUCUUCUUCCUCCAAUACCCGUCUUAAUCCAAAGGCCAAGGUUGUGACACCUUCACCACUGGAGAGAAAUGGGUUGGCUUCUUUAGACCAAAAGCUGGCCAUGGCAAAGCGAUGUUCUCAUGAGGGUGUUGUUGCUGGGGCAAAGGCGGCCAUUCUUGCAAGCAUUGCAACCGCCGUUCCAACUCUAGCUAGUGUGAGGAUGCUGCCUUGGGCAAGAUCCUACCUCAACCAUACAGCUCAAGCUCUCAUAAUUUCUACAGUUGCAGGGGCUGCGUAUUUCAUAGUUGCGGACAAGGCCGUAUUGGCAUCGGCAAGGAAGAAUUCUUUCAAUCAGGUCCAGCAAUCAGACAUCAGAGCAUGAUUUCAUAUCAUCGCAGAAGAAUCAUUUACCUUGUAUACGCCCAAAAUGAAAAAAAUAAUAUAAUGGAUUAUGGUUGAGUGUGGUGAGGCAGAGGGAAAAUUUACAAGAUGUACUUGUUUGGUAACCUAUGUACUAGUAAAAAUUAUUUAUAGAAAACCAAAUUUCUAAGGAAGAGAUUCUACUGAUCAUAUUUGGAAAUUGGGAUUGUAAUAGAUUCUGUGGAAUAUGAAAAUUGUGUUUAGGCAUUGGAGAGAAUCUAUAUUUUUAGAAUUUGCAUGCCUGCCUUUGGCCAUGAAUGCAGUUUUCUUGAGAA